UAGUACGAAUACGUAGAACGCACUUCUGCAAAGACCCCAUGAGACUAAACCAAAUGCGCGGGGGUGAAGAAAAAUAGGAAUUUCAUCAAUCAAAAAGCACAAUCAACAAUAUACUAUACACUGAUCUAUGUUGUUUGUAUAUCGUACGCAUGGAUUCACACACGUUUCUGAGGUGGCAUUAAAAUAAAACCCAAACGGCGAUUUGUCUCUGUUUCCCCCUCUUCGUGGAAUGGUUGAUCCUGUACCGGCUGCGUGUUAGUAAAGAUGGCUGUGAACCGUGGGUUGCAUGUGUGUUGUUAAGUACUGAAUAUCUGCUUCUGUUUUCAUGAAAAAAAGACACGUACCAAAUAGUUGAGAGGAGUUAAACGAACCGCACAACACAAACGCAAAUGACUAGUGACAAGGAAAUUGAAGCCGUUGGCAAAACGCUGGUGGACGCGAAGCAGUCUCUGAAAGCUCGUUUUCGGGCUCUCUUCACCCUGAGGAACCUCGGGGGCAAGGCAGCCAUAGACUGGAUAAGCCAGGCGUUCAGUGACGACUCUGCUCUCCUGAAACAUGAGCUGGCUUUCUGCUUGGGGCAGAUGCAGGAUGAAUAUGCAAUUCCAGCGCUGAUCAAAGUGCUUGAAGAUACAAACCAAGAGCCAAUGGUUAGACACGAAGCAGGGGAAGCGUUAGGAGCCAUCGGAAACCCCAAAGUGGUGGAUGUACUGAAGCGUUACUCUGAGGAUCCGGUGAUAGAGGUUGCUGAGACCUGUCAGUUGGCGCUGAGUAGAAUUGAAUGGCUGAGCAGCGCUUCGGAGCAGUGUGGAGAUGAGAACCCCUAUUUAUCUGUGGACCCCGCACCGCCAGCCCAGGAGAAGGACGUCCAGAAACUGAGAGCCAGGCUCCUGGGCGAGGACCUGCCUCUCUUUGAGCGCUACCGCGCCAUGUUCGCCCUCCGGAACCUGGGCACAGAGGAGGCUGUGCUCUCCCUGGCAGAUGGUCUGCAGUGUGGCAGCGCCCUGUUCCGCCACGAGAUCGGUUACGUCCUGGGGCAGAUGCAGCACGAGGCCAGUGUGCCCCAGCUGAGCGCGGCUCUGGCCAGGCAGGAGGAGAACGCCAUGGUGAGGCAUGAGUGCGCGGAGGCGCUGGGCUCCAUCGGAAAGGAGUCCUGUCUGCAAGCACUGCGCACCUUCCUGGGUGACGAGGAGAGGGUGGUGCAGGAGAGCUGUGAGGUGGCACUCGACAUGCACGAGUAUGAGAACAGCGACCAGUUCCAGUAUGCAGACGGGAUACUCAAACUGCAGGGGGCGCAAUCAUGAAAUGACUGACUGACACGGAAGUUUUUGAUUGCACACUGAUCUCCUGUUCCAUAACAGUUUCAAUCUAGCUAACACGAAUUCGCACUACAGCUAUGAGGCCCAAAUUCUUUCUGCCUUUUUUUUUUCAUUCUGUCUGUUUUUUACAUUUAAAAAAUAAAAGAGUAAUUUAUUUAUAAACAAUAUAAGUAUGCAGCAGAUAGUAAAAUCAAGAUAAAUAAUUACACUGCCACACAGCAGGUCUGUUGUUACAGAUGGGUGAAAUCUAACUGUUGUUGGUUCUAUGUUAAAAAGAAUUGGUGGGGAUAAAAAAGGCAUAUAUGUAGCCUUGCUAUAUAUAUAUAUAUAUAUAUAUAUAUAUGUAUGUAAUUAGUCAGAUUUUGUUUCAUUCAUUUUCUCAUGCUUUCUUGUAGUUCAUUAUACAUCAUAGCUCUAUCCGAUAAUGCCCACCUGACCACCAGAAGUGAUUGCAUCUUGAAUGCACAUGUACUUCAUAUGGGAUUAAGCCAGUGUUAAAUAAAAGAUGGUGGGCGGUGAACAUAUCUUCUUCAGUCUUACCAUGUGACGCCA